AUGGGCGAGAAAGCCGAAGAGAUUCUCAACCAAGUUUUACCACAAAUGAGCGACGCUACAAGAAUACAACAAGCCGACGAAAGCGCCGACUCCUUUAUGACCGCGCUACACACUCUCGCUGAAACAUGCGAUUACGAUACUUUGAAAGUGGAUCUAAUCAGGGACCGAUUAGUAAUUGAAGUAAGAGACUCGAAAACGUCAGAGCGGCUACAAUUGACUCCAGAUUUAACGUUAGAAAAAGCAAUAACGAUGGCCAGGCAAGCGGAGACACAAGCGGCACACGGCAAGCUCCUACGUCAAACCACCGAGGAAUCGGACCAUAACGAGAUCAACAGGAUCUCGCAUACAAGGAACGAAGCAUCCGAAGAUGCUGACAAACGGGACGCACGUGGAGGGAAUUCGUCUUCUAAGAGGACGGCCAAAUGUCAACGAUGUGGAUUCUCGCAACAUCAGGACUACACGAAGUGUCCAGCACUCCGAUCAACCUGCCGUAACUGCAAGAAGACCGGCCAUUGGGACAGAGUCUGCAAGUCGCGCAGUGUAAGGCGCUUAGAAGAAACCGAAAACGACGCACGCGACAGCGCAUUCCUAAG